AUGCUAAUUCUUGGGCGGGGGUUGGGUUUUGUUCUACGAAAAGGUCAAUUUCCUGUAGAUUUUUUUGAUCAUUAUUAUAAUGAUCCUAAUGAUCUUUCUGUUCAACCUCAACCCAUCAUCAAGGAUCCCAUCACACAUGUAGUUUAUCGUAUGAAUUUGACUUCUCCUGAUGAGGUACCUACCAUCAAUUUACGCGAUCCGAUUUCGUUUCCUCCGAUAUCAUUAAGAGGAGCUGAAGCUGAUCGAUUAGCAAAAGAAGUUAAAGAUCAAAUCAUUUCGAUUAUUAAUUCAAAUCAACCAUCCAUCUCAUCAUGUGAAAAAUGUCAAAAAUCAUUAAAAAUUGCAUCUCAUUUAUCAAAACGUGCACCACAAUUGAUUCCAAUGUUAGCUAUUGAAUUAUGUGAAGAGUUUAAAUUUAAAAAAGAUUGUGUAGAUCAAUUCGGAUUACAUUCACAAGGACCGAUCAUUUCACAAGUUUUAAGUUUUGCUAAUCUUGGGAAUCAUCUUGGUAAUAAUGGUACUGGUAAGGAUGAUGGAAUUGAUGGACAAUAUAUUUGUUAUAAUUUUUUUUCUAAAAGUAAUUGUUCAAUUCCAACUCCAACCAACUUAAACUUGACCUAUUUUUUUUCAAAACCAAAACCAAAACCUCAACCGAAACAUCAACAAAUCAAGUUGGAUCAAGAUAUUGAUCAAAAAAAGAAAAGAAGAUUAAAAGUUUUACAUUUUAGUGAUUUUCAUUUAGAUAUACGUUAUUCAACUGGAAGUGAAGCGAAUUGUUCUAAAACUUCAAUGUGUUGUAGAAUGCCGAUUCGGAAAUCUAAUGAUCAUAAUUUAUCUGAUGAUAAUCAGUUUCAUUUGUCUGCUCCUAGGUUUGGGUAUUUUCAAUGUGAUACUCCUAUUAGUUUAGGAAUGGCUGUAGUUCAAGCUAUACCGGUUCUGACAGGUACAAAUGUGAAAGAUGGAAAUGGAUUUGAUUUUAGCAUCUAUACUGGUGAUUUAGUAGCACAUGAUAAUACUAAUUAUUCUCAGACCGAAUUAGGUGGAGGUCCUUUGUAUGCUGCUAUUGGAAAUCAUGAUAGUUAUCUUCAAGCUCAGGAUGCGCCACAUUCGAUGAUGCCUGAACGCCUUUCUAAACAAUUUAGUUGGAAUUAUGAUCAUUUAUCUCGUCUUUGGUUUCAUAAUCAUUGGAUCUCAGAUGAUGUGGCUAAGAUCGCACGUGCUCAUUAUGGUGGUUAUGCAGUUAAACGUUAUGAAGGAUUGAAGAUUAUCACCUUGAAUACUGAUUUAUGGUAUCGUGCUAAUUUAUUUAAUUUUAUUAAUAUGACGAAUCCAGAUCAAAGUGGAAUGUUAAAAUUUUUAUCUGAAGAAUUACAAAAAUCUGAAGAUUUAGGUCAAUCUGUUUGGAUCAUGGGACAUGUACUUUCAGGAUGGGAUGGAUCUAAUCCUCUGGUGAAUCCUACAAAUUUGUUUUAUCAAAUCGUUGAAAGAUAUUCACCUCAUGUUAUUAAAGCUAUUAUGUGGGGUCAUACUCAUGAGGACCAGUUCAUGAUCUAUUAUGCCAAUAAUGCAACCAAUAUUACAGCUGAUCAUGCAUUGACGACUGGCUGGGUGGGUCCAUCCAUCACCCCCUUGACUAAUGUCAACAGCGGUUUUAGGAUGUAUGAAGUUGACCCAGAUACGUAUGAGAUCUUGGAUGCACAUACGUGGUACUCAAACGUAUCAACAUAUUCACACUUAGACACAGAUCCGCAUAAAGGACCGACCUACGAAUACGAAUAUUCAACAAGAGAAGCAUAUGGUAAAGAGAUCAAAUGGCCAAUUGAUGCACCAUUAAAUGCGACUUGGUGGCAUUUGGUUACUGAACAGAUGUUAAAAGAUAAUGGUACCUUAAUUUCAAAAUUUACAAAGUAUCAAGGUAAGAAUAGUGUAAGAUCACCUAGUUGUACUAGUGAGGAAUGUAUUAAGAAUAAAGUUUGUUAUAUGAGAAGUGGAAGUGCUUCAAUUGCUAAAGAGUAUUGUAAGAUGGGAUAUGGUAGUGUACAAGGUGGAAAGUGA